AUGUCGGAUUAUGUGAGCGAGACCGCCAGGGUAUACACUGAUUUCGGCAGCAGCCUUCCUCCGCACCCAGGCAAGGGUUGGACCAGAUUCGUGUGCAUAUCAGACACCCAUUCUCAGAUAGUACCGGUUCCGGAGGGAGACGUCUUGAUUCAUGCUGGGGAUCUGUGUAGCUGGGGGUUGUUCAAGCAGCUUAAGCCAACGUUGAAAUGGCUAGUGUCGCUUAAGCACCCGGUCAAGGUAGCUGUCGCAGGCAAUCAUGACCUCUGUUUAGACAAACAAUGGGCCUCGUACGGUCUUCAAGGAUUAGGUCAGAAGGUGCGCAUGAAUCCAUCAAUGCGGCAACAAUCUCUUAUUGCAUUACAGGAUAUUGAAGAAGCUCGCGCAUACAUCCAUGGGAAGUCAAAGAAGAAAGGUUUACAUUAUCUCGAGCAUAGUCCGUUCUCGUUCAAAAGUCCUUCCGGUCGUGAAUGGAAGAUGCAUGGGUCACCUGCUGCUCCGGCGUAUGUCACAGGCUCGUUCCAGUAUAGUACGCAAGAGGAGGCGAAGGCUCUGUACGAUAAAAUACCAGACGAUGUCGACAUCCUCGUCACCCAUACCCCACCUUCCAACACACUGGACAGAACAAAGAAGGGCACACACGCUGGGUGUCCAGUAUUAGCUGAACGAUUAAACCAGCUCUCCAGUUGUCGACUUCACGUCUUCGGUCACAUCCAUGAGUCGCAUGGCGCCGAAGUAUCAGAAGACGGUAGGGUAUCGGUCAAUGCCGCCAUGCAGUCGGGCGGAAGGCCAACAGUGGUAGAUCUAAAGGAUUGA